AACUUGGCAGCAGGCAGUUCUUCGACACUCGACAGUUCUACAGCGAUACUCGACAGUCCUUUGCAGCUGUUCUAAAUUGGUUGUUGCUUAUCUUUGUAUCGCAUUUUAUUGUCUUUGGUUAUUUUACUCGUGGCUCACUGUUUUCUACGAAAUAAUUUCAGUGAAUUAUUUCAAUACAAAACAUUUUUAUGGAAAUAAAGGACUCUGGAAGCAAAAGUGAUUUCUAUUUCGUGACGUAAUUGGAUCACACAAAUUGUGAACGUGAAACACAAGUACAUAAUUGUUCAUAUGCCAUAAAAAGAGUGUGUGCGAAUGGUGUACGUUUUACCCUAAGCCCGUGUAGUUCACAUAUCAAAAUGUGGGAAGUGGAUUCUGACACGGGAUCUCAAAGUGCGUCGUCGGAUGGAAUUCGGCGGAGGCAAGGAUGGGAUCCCGAGGCCGAGAGUCUUGCUUCUCAAAUAGACGAACUCGACGAAGUCCUAGCUGAGGAAGAGGAGGGAUGUCCUCUACCAUCAACUCCCGAAGAUCAACAUUUGCUCGAUGCGGAAAUGGCUGAAGUGUUGAAAGCUGGCGUUUUGUCCGAUGAAAUAGACCUUGGAGCGCUCGCCCAUAACGCUGCGGAACAAGCCGAGGAAUUCGUUCGCAAAGUAUGGGAGGCGUCGUGGAAUGUAUGCCACUUCAGACACCUGCCGCGUUGGCUGCAAGACAAUGAUUAUCUACACAAAGGACACAGACCACCGCUACCCUCUUUCAGCGCGUGUUUCGCUUCGAUUUUCCGAAUUCAUACUGAAACUGGCAAUAUUUGGACCCAUUUGCUCGGAUGCAUUGCUUUCAUCGGCGUCGCAAUAUAUUUCGUCACACGGCCUUCAAUCGAGAUUCAAAUGCAAGAAAAGAUGAUAUUUGGUGUGUUUUUCAUUGGCGCCAUAGUAUGUCUAGGUUUUUCAUUUGCUUAUCACACAUUGUACUGUCAUUCAGAGAUGGUUGGAAAGUUGUUCUCUAAGCUGGAUUACUGUGGAAUAGCACUGCUUAUAAUGGGCUCAUUUGUCCCUUGGCUGUACUACAGCUUUUACUGCCAUUACAGGCCCAAAAUAAUUUAUUUAUCUGUUGUAGUGGUAUUAGGUAUACUAUCGAUUAUAGUAUCACUCUGGGAUAGAUUUUCUGAACCCCGUCUGAGGCCACUUAGAGCUGGAGUGUUCAUGGGUUUCGGCCUCUCUGGUGUAGUUCCUGCAAUACAUUAUGGCAUCACAGAAGGAUGGUUAAGCCAAGUCAGCAAGGCAUCCUUGGGCUGGCUGGUUCUAAUGGGCCUGCUAUACAUCUUGGGAGCAAUGUUCUAUGCCCUCCGUGUUCCUGAACGCUGGUUCCCAGGAAAGUGUGACAUCUGGUUCCAAUCACACCAGAUCUUCCAUGUGCUUGUGAUUGUCGCCGCCUUUGUCCACUACCAUGGUAUCAGUGAACUCGCUUCAUAUCGAGUGACUGUUGGAGAGUGUUCAAUGCCCCAAUCUUCAAUUGCAUUCUAGCCCGACCCUGUACCAAAUGUGAUAGUAGACCAUAGAUAAAUUUAAGAAGUUAAACACAAAUUUUCAAUAGUUUCACUGUAUAUUUUUCACAAUUGUUUUUAACACAUUUUUACCUAGGUUUUUUACAAAAUGAACAAAAAAAAAAACAAAUUUGCAGUGAGGCUGUUUGUGCAAUACUAAAUGUCAAUUUGUAUUGUCGGAUUUUGCAUGUUGAGGGUUGAUGACAUAGUUAAUUUUGUAUUUCUAAUAUUUAUUUCUCCUUUAGACUGGUUAGUUUUUAUUAGAUUCUUUAUAAAACUGUAAUGAAAACAGCACAUACUAAUUUGAGUACUCUCUUAUUCUUAACACAAUACACUUCAUUUAAAAAUUUCUAAAUAAUUGUUUUUGAUAUCUUACGUACUUAAUUUAUUAUAUGUUCCUUGCACUAAUUAGAAUAAUUUUGUGGUAGUUAGUAGUUGAUGACCACAUGUGACCUGUAUUCUUUCCGUAUUGUGAAGAGAACUUCACAGUUUAUUUUUUUAUAUCCAAGUUCAUACCCUAUUUACUUAUAUUAUUCAUUACUAUUUAUUUAUGACCUUAAACAGCUUUUUUAGAAUCUCUUUAUAUGUAUGCAACAAUGUUUUGAUAGUGUUUAUUUUUCAACAGAACUUACUGUAUGUAAAAGCAAUGAUAAUUCUGUGUUAUUAUUUCAUUCAGAAACAUUCCAUAUUACUUGAGAUUAUUUAUCUAACUCCAUUUAAUCAAAUUAAUGAACAUUUUCAAAUUGCAUAUGUGGUCUAUGCUAGGUGUAAUUAAAUAAAAAAUAUUCUAAAUCGUUGUAAGUGUUCAUGAAUAUAAAGAUUUUAUGAAAAGAAAAUGAAGAAAAAAAGGUGGUGUAGAUUAAAAUUAUUGAGCUCUGUUCUCGUAAAAGUACAUUAUCAUAGGUAUAUUGGGAAAAAUUAAGGAAAAAAGUAUUUUAAUUACUAAAA